GAGCUGGGCCUGGUCACCCUCUUCCAGCUGGACCUCGCCAACGGCACCCGCGCGGCCUACCCGCCGCAGGCCGCGCAGCGGCAGAAGGUGGCCGGGCUGGCGCCCAGGGGCGUCAUGGCCACGAAGGUGGAAUUGCCCGUGGGCAGCUACCUGAAGCGGGUGGCCGCGUACUCCGAGGCGGACGGCUGGCGCUGCGUGGGGUUCGAUCUCCAGCUGCGCUCUGGCCUCGUCCACUCGCAGUGCUGCGACGCGAGAGGGUGCGGGCCCUUCGACUGCUGUGGCCAGUCCGGCUGGCCGGGACCCGCCCGCACAGACCACGUGGCGCCCGAGGGCUACCAGAUCGUGGGGCUGCAGAUGGAGGAGGGCAACCUCACGUACGUGCCCAGGGGGCUGGUGCUGGCACCCUUGGGCCUCCCGGCCCCUCCUGGGCCCCCUCCAGGACCCGCCGCGUUCCUCGCCGCCUUCGCGCCCGCGCUGGCCGUCGCCGCCG